AUUUAUUUGUUGUUAUAUGCUAUAUAUUGUAAAUUUUUUAAAUCCCUCUUUUAUUACAUUUUUAGAGCACAACCUCUCCUCACUGGCGCCCUGAGCCCAUCGUAACAAAAUUUUGUCAAAAUCUCUAGAAGCUGUGAUAGUCAAAUAUACGUGUAAUCAGAUUGAAAUGUAUGUGCGAAUAGCGAGAGACCGUUAAUUACUAUAAUUCAACCAUUCACAAGUCGAUAUUAUGCAAAGUGGCGAGGAAAGGUGAGGACGCGAGGCGGCGGCGCGCGCAGUCCUGGCUCUUGUGGCCCGCGCCCCGCGCAUGCCCGGCGAGACAGCGCGCCAUCGGCCACUCCGGCAGUCAGCUGCCGCCGUGGUGCUUGUAGUUGAACAUAUUUAGUGUGACGUCUGGAAGAAUGGGUGGUGUGAGUAACAUCUAAGUAGCUUGUGGUGGGUGCGUUUGUUGCCAUGUGAGUGCUCUUUGCUAUGCCGUCGCCGGCGGUCACGGCGGUCACGGCGGGCUCCUCGUCACAAGCAUCGCGCUCACGCACCGUUACAAGUCAUACGGACUCAUCAGCUACACCUUGCUGUUAGGUUCGUCCAGUAUGUUAAGGUCAAAGCCAGCCGCAACCUGUUUGUCAAGAUCAUCGUGACGGAAGUAGCUUCGAUUUUGAAGAUGGCAGAGCAAAUCUAUUCAGUUGAAUUUAGCAAAUAUAUGGACAUUUUGUAAAUAGGCGUCAGCUGUGUAGUCGCUGUGUAUUAGGCAUUUGGUGAAUAGCUACGCACCAGAUGUCUGAUCGCUGUUUGUGAAGCGCGCGCUGCCGGAACCCCGCGACGGGAGGAAACGGUAUUAAUUUCAAAGAUUUACUUUGCCUUGUGUUUGAAGAACCUCAUUAGUUUGUUAAUCAGUAAUUUUUUCCGAAUAUGACACUGAGAAAGUUUGUGUUUAUUUCAACACUGGUAUUUAAACAUAUAUCUAAUCUAAGUUUUUUUUCGAAAAAGUACAAAAGAUAAUAACAUUAGCAGUGUUUAUAAAAGUAUGCUCCAUGAGGAUUCACUUGACAUCAAAAACGUAUCUUUCAUUAGUUUUAGUCCUGUGGUCUUCUUCGUAUUUUUUUUUCAAGUUUUAUUAUUGAAAACUUUUUUGGAUGAAAUUUUUAUUUUUUUUGUUUUUAACUUGGCAUACCAAAAUUGCAGCUCAUGGUGUAGUCUCACCUUCAAAAUCAAGCUACAUUUUAAUAUGUUAAAUUUAACAUUUAACAGUUAACAAAGAAAUUCCUAAAUGUCCAAUGACGGGUUCUCGUAUCGCAGGGAGCGUAUCCGCCGGUAGGCGAAGAUGUGCGACGCGCGGCCAGCUGCACUGCUGGCCGUGCUCGCCGCGCUUCUGGCCGUCGGAGCUCCCGGGCAAGGUGCCAACAGGGGGGGCGCCGGCGCCGCCGAUGUUGAUGCCGCCGAGUUGGAUGCCGCCGAGCUGGCGGCGGCGAGCGUGCCGGCGUGGCGCGAGCUGUGGCAGGCCUCGCUGGCGGCGCUGCGGCGCGAGCCCUCCAUCAACAGCACGCGGGAGGAGGUGAUCGCGCCGGUCGGCGGCGUCGCCUUCCUGCACUGCCCUGUGCGGAACCUCGGCGAACGCGGCGUGUCGUGGGUGCGCCGACGCGACUGGCAUAUCCUCAGCUCCGGCCUCCUCCUUUACACCAACGACGAGCGCUUCCAGGUGCUUCAUGGCGACGGGUCCGACGAUUGGAUUUUGCAAAUCAAAUACGUUCAGAAACGCGACAACGGCACUUACGAAUGUCAGGUGGCGAGCGGCGGCGGAGGCACGCUGUCGCGGCGGGUGGAGCUGCGCGUGCUCGUGCCCGAGGCGUUCAUCUUGGGUGCCGAGGAAUACCACGUCGACGCCGGCUCCGCUAUAACACUCGUCUGCAUCAUAGAAAACAGUCCGGCACCGCCGCAGUACGUGUUCUGGUACCACAACGCGCGCAUGGUCAACUACGACUCGGCGCAGGGCGUGUCUGUGAGCACGGCGGGCGCGGCGGGGGCGGCGGGGGCGCGCACGCAGUCGGCGCUGCGCGUGCGAGCCGCGCGCCCCGCGCACGCCGGCAACUACUCGUGCCGCGCGCCCGGCGCCGACCCUGCCCACAUCUACGUCUACGUCUCCGAAGGAAGUGAUAAGAUGGCGGCAACGUUAAGCCGCGACGCAGCCGUCGUGCAAGCACCUCAUGUUUCCGUGGUGCUGUAUGCGUUGCUAGCCAGCGCCGUGCCGCCCGCGGGGCCUCUGCGGCGUAUGUAGCAGCAGCAUACGUACCAGGGGCUUACGUAGCACGCGGCGAGGCACAUUCGCGCCGCACGACACCACAUCGCGCAUUCGGCACAGCAAGCGGGAAACUUGCUCAUAGAUUUUUUUUUGGUGAUUUAAAAUUUGUAUAUAAAUUAGUAUUAACACUAUACCUGUAAGAAAAAA